AUGUCAGUAGUCGAAGAAGUUCUACCUUCUUUUGGGGAUUUAUCGAUAAAUUCCAAUAGUGAAGGUUGGGGACCCUCUAAUGUUCCAACCAAUUUCAAAGAUAUGCCUUAUCAACCAUUCUCGAAGGACACGAGAUUGGGCAAAAUAGCAGACUGGUGCGGCACCAUCUACCCGGAUCUGAAAUCGAAGAACCGUUACGUUUCUCAGUUUGGUGGUGGUGCUCAGUACACCUACUAUCACGACGAAGAUGAUAGCAAUUUCCAGCUGGCCACAAGUGGGAAAGAGCCUAAAUCCAGCGCGUUCCGUCAACGUUUCAGGUACCAAAUGCGUGGACGCGGGCGUGGAAACUUUCAGUCCGGAUUCCAAUCCCGUGGUGGUGGUCAGUUCAUGUCUCUGGGUAACUUUGCUGGCCGUCAACGCCGACCACUCACUGAACGCGAGAGGGCCGCUCUGCAACAGCAACAGCAGCAACGUCGUUAUGGCAACCAGCCAAACUGGCAGAACAACUGGCGUCGUGGCAGUAACUGGGGUAGCAGUGGCGGUGGAGGUGGCUGGCGUCAAGGCAAUGACUACAAUCGUCGUCCAAACCGUGGCAAUCGAAAUCCUUCAGUAGAAGUUAAGGAAGAGUGGAACCUCCUUGAGGACUUCGAGUUUAGUCAAUUCGUUUCGCUCUCUCUGCCCUCGGUGAAAGAGCCUAUCACUUGUGCGGAGUGCGGUACGGUGAAGUACUAUGAUCGUACCUAUGACACAAUCAGUACUCGUAGUGAGAAACCCCUUGUUCGUUUCAACGGCGUGGUGCAUGCUGUAACCACCUCCGAGGAUCCCGUGAUUAUGAAUCUGGCGAGGGAGCGACACCUCAAUGUUUUCUGUACGGAUCGCAUCGCUGCAGCCAUAAUGUGUGCGCCCAAAUCGGUGGACUCCUGGGACCUCCUGGCCAUCCGCAUUGCUGACAAGCUCUUCUUCGACGUCCGUCCUGGUUCCAAUUUUGACCAUGUUACGGUGGCGGAAACGGCUAUCGAUCCACCCAGUGAGGAGCCGGGCCACAUUAACAGUCCCGAGAAACUAGCUUUGGAGGCCACCUUCAUUAACAUCAACUUCUCGCAGCAGGUCCUGCAAACGGGUGGUGAGCUGUAUAACUUUAAGCACAAAAAUCCCUUCAUCGACUCGGAUGACAAAGAGGAGGCAGAGAGGGUGGCCUCCGUGGGCUACCGCUACCGCCAGUUCGACCUUGGCAACGGCAUAAACAUGGUGGUGCGGUGCGAGGUCGAUGCAGUGAUGCCGCUACGGGCAGAAGAGAAAGAGAAGCAAGAGGCUGGUGCCGGUCCGGAUGUGCCAAAAUUCUGCUGCAUCAAAGCGCUUAACGAGUUUGACAGUCGUUAUUGCAAUGGAGUAAACUGGCGCACCAAACUGGACACGCAACGUGGCGCUGUAAUUGCAUCAGAACUGAAAAAUAACUCGUGCAAGUUGGCCAAAUGGACGGUGGCGUCUAUUUUGGCCGGUGCGGAUCUACUCAAGUUUGGCUUUGUGUCCCGCGUGAACCCGAAGGACACCUCUCACCACGCGAUCCUGGGCACCCACGAGUUCCGCCCGACGGACUUUGCUGCACAGAUCAACCUCAACAUGGACAACGCCUGGGGUAUCCUGCGCUGCGUCAUAGACUACUUCAUGAAGUGCGAACCGGGCACCUACCUCAUGCUCAAAGAUCCUAACAAGCAAUCGUUGCACAUCUACUUUUUGCCAGCCAACGCUUUUGCCUCGGACGAAGAGAGCGACGAGUCCUCCGAGGAACAGAAUGCGCAUCCGCAACCACAGACGGCGCAGCAGUCACAGCAACUGGCAAAGAUUUGA